CCAAAAAAAGGAAAACGCGUCGUUCCAUGCCGUCUUUAAAGAGCUGCAUUUUUCCUCGAAACUCAAAGCAUUCUUUUUUAUGUAUCCCAACCUACGAAAUACCAACAAUACCCUCACCGCCUUUCCGAACGUUACACUGAGUACAAAACAAAACCCCGGUCAAUACAAUAAAACCUCAAGGUUAUAAUUGUAAAUUCCUUAUUUUCUCAUUCAUUAAUAUUAACAAAAACCUACACCUGUUUUUUAAUUCCCCAUCCUCCAAUCCCACUUCUCGUCUCAAGCCUUUUUUCUCCCAAUUUCUUCAAAAAGAGAAAAGGAAAUUUCAUCCCGGUUUUCUCUCGCUACAUUUGAGCUCCGCCAUUUUUCUCUCUCCAUUUGAAUAUUGAAAUUUGUGUAACCUUUUGGUGAGAAAAAUUUCAGAAAUCAUCGAUUUUUAGUUUGUUGAUCUUUAGAUUCGUCAACCUAAUUGCAUCAAGUUUUUGAGGUUGCUGAAAGGUUAUAGUUAUCAAUUUUGGUAAGAAUUCUCUUAUCAAAACUCGUUGAUUUUUCCUCGCGCGUCACAUUCGACAUCCUCACCAACUAUCGACAGCGAAUACUCAAUCUCUUUUUGCUGCAGGAAGGGAUUUUUGUAAUUGAAACAGCAACGCAAACAGAGGUGAGAGGCCUCUACAUUUCAAAAUGCUUAACAGUUGAGUUAAGAAAUCCCUCAAGCGGUCCAUUUUAACGCAAUUUUUUGAGAUGGAAUCAGUUAAACGACCAGCAACAACUCCGAGUAAGAGUAGGAUUGCCCGGGCAAUUUCCAAGGUUCUCCAUGUCCGUGCAGUCACUGGGAUUACUCCCUCUGAUGGAUUGCAGAGAGUGAAAACAAAAGAAAUGAUCCAGGAAGUUAAACCACAAGAAAAGAUCAAGGAGUUGAAGCCACGCGACAAUACCAGGGUUCUGAAACCGCAAGAAAAAAUUAAGGCUGAACUUGUUCAUGUUGUUCACUGCAAGUUGGGUGAGAAGGAAGAUGAUGAGCUUGCUAAUAGGAUUGCUCGGGAAGCUGUUCUUGCUAAAGUAUUUGCAAGCAUUUCUUCUAUCAAAGCUGCAUAUGCGCAAUUACAAUUUGCACAGUCUCCUUAUGAUGCAGAUGGCAUUCAAUCUUCUGAUGAGACAGUGGUUUCUGAGUUGAAAACUUUAUCGGAAGUGAAACAGUGUUUUUUGAAGAAACAGUUUGAUCCAUUUCCUGAGAAGGGUCUCCUUACAUAUGACUUACAAGAGCAAAAGAAUAUGGUCAAAACAUACGAAAUAACAGGAAAGAAAUUGGAGUAUGAGGUUAAGCUGAAAGAAUCUGAAAUCACUUUCCUGAAGGAGAAACUGGAGGAAUGCAAGAAAGAGAACCGAUUAAUAGAAAAAAAACUGAAUGCUAGUGGCUCACUCUCUGUCCUUGACAAUCUUCACAUGUCAGGUUUAAGUCCCAACCAUUUCAUUCCUGUUCUCAGGCAUACUGUAAGAUCUAUUCGAACUUUUGUGAAGUUACUGGUCAAGGAAAUGCAGACUUCUGGGUGGAAUUUGGAAGCAGCGGCUAAUGUUAUCCAUCCCAGCGUUUCAUACUGGAAGCAAGAGCACAGUUGCUUCACAUUCGAGUCUUACGUAAACAAAGAAAUGUUUGACAGUUUCCACAUUCCAAACUUUGCUCUUCCAAACGAAUCUCUACCAGAGCACAAGCAGCGUCGAAGGCUAUUUUUUGAGAGAUUCACGGAAUUAAAGUCUAUUAAAGCAAAGGAUUAUCUUUGCCAGAAACCAAAGUCAACAUUCGGAAAGUUCUGUCGAGCCAAAUACUUAAGGCUUCUGCACCCGAAGAUGGAGUCAUCCUUCUUUGGGAAUUUGAAUCAGAGGAACCUUGUAAAUUCCGGUGAGUACCCAGACACUAAGUUUUUCUGUACAUUUGCGGAAAUGGCAAAGAAAGUGUGGCUCCUGCAUUGCUUAGCAUUCUCGUUCGAGCCUGUAGUCUCAAUAUUUCAGUUUCAGAAGAGGUGUCGCUUUUCCGAGGUCUACAUGGAAAGUGUCUCUGAUGAAGCUUUCUUACCGGAAAGUGAACCAUGUGUGGCUUUCACAGUAGUUCCUGGGUUCAAAAUUGGUAAAACCAUUAUUCAGUCUCAGGUGUACCUCUUUGGAGCAUGACCCACCAUAUCAAAGAUCUCAUGAUUUGAUCUGACGGUUUAGAUUAGGUUGAGAUGUGGUGUGGGCCCACCGAUGAACUGGAAUACGUUGUUAAAUAUGAUCUAUUUUGGUUUUGGGUCUAAUGCCUCCAUUAUGGAAAAAUGAAAAGAUUAUGGUGUCUCCUUUUUUGCUGAAUAUGUGGGGACUUGAGCUUGAUGUGCAACAUGGUUACUUGGGUCAUUUUGUCCCAUAAUCUGUGGCUUUUUUUUAAUUGUUCAAAUGCGUAAAUGCAUGAACCGUUGGUGGGCAUUGGAAAGAUUCCCAAAAUUUUGUUAAUGUCUAGGUCGGAGAAAGGGCUACUACUCUUGGUUGUACUCGUAAUAUAUUCGUACUAGUAAAAACAUGUUAUGAUUCCUGUAUAUGACAAGAAUUUUAGGAGUUUAUCUGUAAUGUGCAUAUUAUUUGCUUCGUCCUAAGUAAUUCUCCAUUCUCUUUUUAGGUGGGAUUAGUAAUGGGAUUAAUAAUAAAGUAGGUAGUGUAAAUAUAUUUUAUUUAGAAAAAUUAUAAAAUUAAUGCAGAAUAUACGGAAAUUUUCAACAUUAUAAAACUAAAAUACUAUUUGUGAG